GCCGAGUCGGGCUGAGCCGAGCCGAGCCCAGCCGAGCCCCUCCAUGCGCCUGCCGAGCAUGUCGCAGCCCUUCCUGCUGGCGCCCAUCGCCGAGUGCGCCCCGGGGCCGCCGGGCGGCGAGGUGCGGCUGGCCGUGCUGGGCGCCCGCGGCGUCGGCAAGAGCGCUCUCAUCGUGCGCUUCCUGACCAAGCGCUUCAUCGGGGACUACGAGCCCAACACCGGCAGCCUCUACUCCCGCCUGGUGCGCCUGGAUGGGGAGCACGUCGCCGUGCAGAUCCAGGACACGCCGGGAUGCCUCCAGGUGCAGGGGGACCGCGUGCAGGUGCUGGACUCGCUGUCGAGGUGCGUGAAGUGGGCAGAGGGCUUCCUCGUGGUCUACUCGAUCACGGACUACGGCAGCUACCAAGCAGUCCGACCCCUCCAUCAGCACAUCCGCCAGCUCCACCCGGACGCCAGGACUCCCAUCAUCGUGGUGGGGAACAAAGCCGACCUCCUCCACGCCAGGCAAGUGCAGGCCAAAGAGGGACUGCAGCUGGCCAACGACCUGGGCAGCCUGUUUUUAGAGAUCUCCACGAGCGAGAACUCCCAGGGUGUCUGCGACGUGUUCCAGUACCUCUGCAAGGAGGUCAGCAAGCUGCAGCACGCCGGCGGCGCGGACAGGCGGCGGGCAUCCAUCAUCCCUCGGCCCCGAUCCCCCAACAUGCAGGAUCUAAAGAGACGUUUCAAACAGGCUUUGUCUUCCAAAGUCAAGUAAAGCCUCCAGGGUGACCCAAUAGACUCUCUAUUUUUGUAAACUAGUUAACAAAUUAAAAAAAAAAUCUUUAUUUUUGUACUAAUGCCAAAAAAAUGGAAGUAAGUAUGUCAAAGCUUGCAGUUCCCUUGUUGUUCCCUUUUGUUUGGUCUUGUAGGGUUAUUUUUCAAAAAAAAAAAUAAUAAUAAUGCUGCAUAGCAACUGAAUAGAUGUGGUUGGAGAAAGGGUUUUUUGCCAGGAGGUUUUGAUUUUUUUUUUUUUUUUUCUGUUUUGGGCUGGGAUUUGCUGUUUUAUUCUGCUGAAAUGACUUUUUUUUGGGCCUCAGUUUUCUGCUUGUAAAAUGGUGAUGAUGAUGAUGUAACCUGCCUUUAUAAAAUGCUUGGAAAGCCCUUGUUGGAAAGCUUUAUAUGGAAGGG